AUGAUGGUGGAGAGGAAGAGAGAUGAGGGAGAAGCAAUGGCCAUGAACGGGCCGCGGCAGGAAGGAGAAGCAGAAGCCGCUGCGGCACCGGCAACGGCAGUGACAGGAGAGAAGGGAGAGGGAGAGAGGGAUGACGGAGAAAGGGCCGACGGCGAGGAGCGGAAGGAGGAGAGCGAGGAGGAAGAAGAGGAGGAGGAGAAGAAAGACAAGGUGGAGCUGGAAGAGUGGUCCGAGCUAAGGCUGGCGAUCGCGGAGCUGUCCCCGAUCAGCCGGCGCGGCGGCAAGCUGUGCUCCUCGCCUCCCACGCUGCCCUUCCUCGGCCUCUCCCACCUCCUCCUCCGGCUCCUCGAUAAGAUUGGUCCGACAAUGGCAGUGCUGCGGCUCGACGUCCAACGGAACAUCGAGAGGCUGCAGGAGCUAUACUUGCAGGACCCAUCCAAAUACUCCACUCUGACGGCGAUGGUGGAGAAAGAGACCGACGACGGCACCGUGAGGAAGGCCGAUAGCUGUGCAAGGGCUAUUCUAUGGCUCACUAGAUCCAUGGAUUUCUCUGUUGCACUGUUACAGAGACUGGAGGAGGAGGAGGAGGAGGGUUCUGAUCAGCAGAGCCUUGCACAGCUUGUAGAAGCUGCGUACAAGGUCUCUCUCAAGCCGUGGCAUGGCUGGAUUUCUUCCGCGGCAUGCAAGAUCGCAUUGAAACUCAUCCCUGAGAGGGCGAUCUUCGUCGGCUGGCUCAUGGGGGAAAACCAGAGUUACAGUCUCCCCAAGCUCGAGAUUGAGAAGCUCGUCCAGCUGCUCCAGCCCUUUCUCGACGACAUCCAUGCCAUGCUGGCCAAGUUCAAACUGGACAGGCUGAAGUCGACCUGA